UUUAACUAAUCCUUUGUCCCUAAAAAAGAUCAACAAGUUCAGUGUACUUCUGUCGUUGAAACGAUGGAAGAAGAAGAAGAAGAAAAGGGGAAGGCAACGGAGGGGGAAGAAAUUUCUGAUUUCUCUUCGCUGCCAGGAGUCGUAGCUAAAAUCUUUUCGCUAACCACUCCAACAGAUGUCUGCCGAUCGUCGGCAGUUUCCAGGAUUUUCGUUGCGGCGGCGCAGUCGGACACCGUAUGGGACAGAUUCCUGCCCACCGAUUGGGAGCUUUUGAUUUCUCGUCGGAAAACUAGCAACCUCAAUUUUGAUCCAAUUUCGAGUUCGAAGAAGGAAAUCUUUUUCUCCCUUUGCAACAGCCCAGUUCUAAUUGAUGACGGCAACAAGAGCUUGUCAUUGGAAAAAUGGAGUGGUAAGAAAUGCAUAAUGCUUGGAGCAAGGGACCUCUCGAUCGUAUGGUGUGAUACCUCUUACUAUUGGAGCUUGGAACACCAUCCUUAUUCGAGAUUCAAAGCCUAUGAGAUUUGAGAAAAUCGUAUUCUCAAUCUUUUCUAAUUCUCUGCCUUUUUAAUGUGGGUGUGUGGGAUCAGGUUUGCAGAGGUAGCUGUGCUUCUCAAUGUAUGGUGGCUUGAAAUACGUGGAAGAAUAAGUUGCAGAAUGUUGUCUCCUAAAACAACUUAUGCAGUUUACUUUGUGUUCGAGAUGACGCGACAUAGUGUGUUCCGUACUGAUUAUGUUGAUGCCAUAGUGGGAAUUCUUGGCCCUGAAAACCAACGGAGAAGUGUUUGUUUGGACCCUCAUUUGUCAGUGUUAGAACGGCCACAGAAGAGACAUGAUGGGUGGUUUGAAAUUGAAUUGGGAGAGUUUGAAAGUGGUGACGGAGAUGAUGAAGUUGAGAUGGCUCUUAUGGAGGUAAAGGGCUCCCUUGUUGUUGAGGGGAUUGAGAGUAAGCCUAAGCUGGUAAGCCCACCCACCCUGCGGCAUAGAUCACUUUAUUAGCUAUUACCACCAUGAAAGUAGAGCAUAAGAGCUUGCUUUGUAUAUCGACAGGUUGUAGAAAACUAGAAAAUUUUCUAUAGGAUUGUUACUAUUUUCAUU